AUGCUGCCGGCAGCCGCGCUGCCGCGCGCCGUGGCGGACGCGGCCCUCGGCGCCCUCCUGGCCGCCCUGGGCGCCCUGGCCCUGCUCGUCUGGCCCGCGCUGCGCCGACGCCGCGGUGUGCAGGCCGACUUGCAGGCCGACCUUCGAGCGGUCGCUGACGGAUCAGGCGAGCGCGGCGCGCCCUGCGGCUUCGGCAAGGGGGAGGGCGCGGAGCUGCUCGCGGCGGCGCGCGGCGAGGAGGAGGCGGAGCUGCUGGGGGCGCUGUUCGUGUCUCCCAGCGAUGUCCAACGUCUCUUGGGCCUGCGGCAGCGCUGCGGCGAUGGCUCGCCGCACCCGGGCUGGCUGGAGGCGCGAGGCGCGCCGCAACCGCCUCACGGCCUCGCGCUUCGCCGCCGCCUGCGGCGCGCCGGGCGCGGCGCGGCGCGCCUCGCGCGAGGGCGCGGUGGCGGAGAUGCUGUCGAUGCCCGAGGCCAGCCCGAGCAGCGCGGCCCGCUUCGGGGUGCGGCACGAGGGCCUGGCGCGCGAGGCCUACGUGCGCGCCCGGCGCCGGGAGGGCCGGGCGCUGGACCCGGGCUACGCGCUCGAGGUGCGCGAGGUGGGCGUGUGCGCGUGGGAGCAGCUGCCGUGGCUCGCCGCCUCACCGGACGGCGUCUGCUGGGAGAACGGAUCGGACGGCCCACCGGCCUCCUGGAGGUCAAGACGGCCCGGACGUGGGGCGGCCUGUUCGAGGAAUCGCUCUCCUCUGGCGUCCCCUCCGACUGGCUGUACCAG